CUCCGUUGGCGGUAGCGAGGGGAGGGCGCGGAAGGGCCGCCGUCGCUUCGCGGUCCCUGUAGGACUUCCGAGCCCGGAGCCCAGGCCGGUUCGCUGGUUUCCUCCAUCCGGGACACUGCGCACGCUCGUCCCCGCUCUGAAGUGAAUACUCCAGAAAGAGGCCUGUCGUCUGGGGGAGCCAGAUGCAGCCAUGAAGGCAGAGACGCUGCCCCCGCCCCAGCAGACCCCGGCCGGGGCCGGGGCCGGGGCCGAGGCGGAUGCCGAUGCCGGCUGUUACUUCGGAAACCUGUUGAGUAGCCGGAAGCUGAUGACUGUGGGCGUCUUGCUCGCCUGGCUCUUGGUCGUUCACUUUUUGGUCAACCUGUGGCUUCUGUGCCUUCUGUGUGCCUCGAUGGUGGUGCUGGGAGGGUGGCUGGGCUCCACUGCCAUUGUGGGGACUUCAGGGCGACUGCACCUGGAACGCUUUAUCCCGGUGGCCACUUGCCCGCCCUGCCCCGAGGCAGAAAGGCAGCUGGAGCAGGAGAUCAGCUGCACCAUCCAGAUGAUCAUCCGGGACUUUGUGCUGUCCUGGUAUCGGCUAGUGAGCCAGGAGCCGGCCUUUGAGGAGGAGAUGGAGGCGGCUAUGAAAGGCUUGGUCCGGGAGCUUCGGAGGAGAAUGGGCAUGGUGGACAGACGUGCCCUCGCCCAGAAGGUGCUGACUCUCUGCGGCUGUCACCUGAAGAGCUUUAUUCAGGCAAAAGAAGCCACGGUAGGGAAGCAGAGUGGUCCUGCUGAGGCGUCCCAGCUGUGGGAGGCGUACUGCCGGGCUGCUGGCCCACAUCCUGCCGUCCACAGCCCCAGUGAGGAGGUCUCGUACACGCGGGGUGUGGUGAAUUUGGUGCUUCAAGGGCUAGUGCCCAAGCCCCACUUGGAGACCAGGACCGGCCGCCACAUAGUAGUGGAACUCAUUACUUGCAAUGUAAUGUUACCACUUAUCAGCAAGCUCUCGGAUCCUGAUUGGAUCUACCUUGUACUUGUGGGUAUCUUUUCCAGGGCCAGAAAUGAUCCAGCACAAGGCGCCAAACCACUCUCCCCAGCCAGUGUCCUGGAACAGCCCUCAAUGCCCACAUCUCUGCCACUGGUUGUUAAGGUAGAGAGUCUGCCAGAAGGGAAAGCCCCUUCUCCAGCCGGCCCACUGCACCUAAACUGCACUGAGUUGGAGGGGCCUUCAGGCCCCUCCUCGGAGGUUGAAGAAGGCCAUGAAGCUCUAGAGGGAGAUUUGAGUGGGAUGCCUGAAGAAAGAAAAGACAGAAACAACCCAACUCAUUUCCUACAGCCAGAUAUUCGAGGCCCCCUGUUUUUAUGUGAAGACUCAGAACUGGAGUCUCCUCUCUCUGAACUGGGCAAAGAAACUGUCAUGCUCAUGACCCCAGGCAACUUCCUCUCUGACAGGAUUCAGGAUGCCCUGUGUGCCCUAGAGGAUUCCCAGGUUUUGGAACCUAAGGAUGGUGAAGGAUCUGAAGGCACUGAGGGAGCAGAGGCUGAAGAGGGCCCAGGGGCAGAAACAGAGGCAGGCCUGUUGGUCUCCAUGCUGAACUCCUGUCCAGAGAUCCAGAUUGACACAGCGGACAAGGAGGUAGAGCAGAGAGAUGUCAGCUCUCUUACAGCUUUGCUGGAGGGACAGGAAAAGACCUGCCCUCCACGACCCUCAUGUUUAGAGAAGGAUCUCACCAGUGGUAUGAGCUCCCUGGAUCCUGCACUGCCACCGGUUCUGCUUUCCUCCUCUCCACCUGGUCCUCUCAGCUCAGCCACCUUCAGCUUUGAGCCCCUGAGCAGUCCAGAUGGCCCAGUUGUCAUCCAGAACCUUCGUAUCACUGGCACCAUUACCGCCCGAGAGCACAGUGGCACUGGAUUCCACCCAUACACACUCUAUACUGUGAAGUAUGAGACCGCCCUUAACGGUGAGAACAGCAGUGGCCUCCAGCAGUUGGCCUACCACACUGUGAACCGCCGCUACCGAGAGUUCUUGAAUCUGCAGACCCGUCUGGAGGAAAAGCCAGAUCUCCGAAAGUUCAUCAAAAAUGUGAAAGGUCCUAAAAAGCUCUUUCCAGAUCUCCCAUUCGGAAACAUGGACAGUGACAGAGUAGAAGCCCGUAAGAGCCUCCUGGAAUCAUUUCUGAAGCAACUCUGUGCCAUUCCUGAGAUCACUAACAGUGAGGAGAUGCAGGAGUUCCUUGCUCUGAACACAGAUGCUCGUAUUGCCUUUGUCAAGAAGCCGUUCAUGGUCUCUAGAAUAGACAAGAUGGUGGUGAGUGCUAUUGUGGACACACUGAAGACAGCGUUCCCUCGCUCUGAACCCCAGAGCCCCACAGAGGAGCUGAGUGAGGCUGAGACUGAAAGCAAGUCCCAGACAGAAAGCAAGAAGGCCAGCAAGUCCAGACUGAGGUUCUCAUCCAGUAAAAUUGCUCCAGCAUUGAGUGUGACUGAAACACACGACAAGGUUCUCUAUUGUCUCCAGGAAGCCAAUGUGGAGUCAGAGGUCUUGUCCAUGUCUGGGAUGGAGUCCUUUAUUGAACAACAGACAAAGUCACUGGAAAUGCAGCCAACAGAAGCCCCAGAAAAAGAUCCUCAACAAAUCCCCGAAGGUGAUGUGGAUGGCUGCUUGUCAGGUGCUGCCAAGCUAGCCCAAGACCUUAGCCACAGUGACUCAGGAAUAGAGACAGAGCUAGCUGAUACAGCUCUGGAUCUGCUUCUCCUGCUGCUAAUGGAACAGUGGAAAUGGCUAUGUACUGAACACAUGCAGAAAUGCCUUCGACUUGUCUUUGGGACCUUGGUUCAGAGGUGGCUGGAGGUGCAGGUGGCUAACCUUACGUGUCCGCAGCGCUGGGUGCAGUACCUAAGGCUUCUUCGGGAAUCCAUCUGGCCUGGUGGAGUUUUACCUAAGUCUCCUCGGCCUGUGAGGACCCACGACCAGAAGGUGGCUACUGAGAAACAGGCUUUGCAGAGCCUGCUGGGAGUCCUGCCAGAUUUCAUAGUGGAUGUCCUGGGGGUGCACAAAUGUCGGCUGAGCUGGGGACUGGUCCUGGAGUCGCUGCAGCAGCCCCUCAUCAACAGACAUUUACUCUACUGCCUUGGGGACAUCAUCCUGGAGUUCCUGGAUCUCCGCGCCUCCGUCAAGGAGUCUGCCGCAACCACCUCUGCUUCACACAGCCCUGGCAGCCCCAGGAGGACGGGGGUCGCUCCUUAGCUGUCAGUUAUUCACACCUCCUUACUGCGUUGUGAAGAAUUGCUCGGCCACCAGGAGACCAGUCAGGAAGCCUGCGCCUUCUGGACCGAGGCUGCAGCUCCAAAGGGCUAGGCACUCAGCGGCUCAGUUCUGCCGCUCAUUUAUCCACUUUUUGUGGGUGAGGGGUUUGGGUAUCAGUUGCAUGCAUGACCGUUUCCACGGCUCCUCUGUGGUGUGUGGGUUGUAGCUGGUGGGUAGCUCCUACUUCCUUUGGAAAAGGGAGCUGUGUGGUAGAGGGGCGAGCCUGUCUGCUGCUUCCAAGAGCCUUUCUCCUGGAGGAGGCUUGCAGGAAGCCUGGCUAUGUGCGCACAUGUGCCAAAUCCACUGACAUGCUCUGGACAGGAUGGCAGAGAAACUAGCCAGAUUUCCUUGAGGAGAAAAACCUCUUCUGAGCUCUGUUUCCACCUGGAAACUGCAAACUCCUUGGGGCCACUCUUGAAACGCAGACCUCUGGACUCUACCUAGUUUCUAGCAAUUCCAGGAGGAGAGAGAGGGAAAAGGUUUCUCAAGGGACUUCUUCCUCAGUGACUAUUUUCCACCGCAUCAGCCUGUGGAGGAUGUUGUGAAGGCUGCCUCCCUGGUGCUGCACUUUUCCUGUCCAGAAGACUUCAAAGCAGAUGCCAAACUUCUGGUAAAUCCACCCCGCCCUUCACACCCUUUCCUGCAGGGGAAAAAUGUGCACCACAGAUUUUACUUACUAGCUUUCUUUCCAACCCCCAGCCCAAGAGCAGUGGAGGUUUUGAACGUGUGACCUCCUCUCUGUCUUCCGCAAAACCGCAUGCAAGUGACACGUUCAGCCUCAGUGUCUCCCAAGGAAAGGACACCCUGCCCAUGGCUGAGGAUGCCCGAAGAGGAGGAAGCCAUGGUGACGGGGUUUCUCAGAUCUUUGGCAGGAGACUUUGAUUCUGAACAGAUGAUAUUACCAGACUUCCAAGGAAUAGCUCUUUGCUGUUUCAUAAGGAUGUGACAGUGUUUUGGGCACCAGCGAUGGAGACCGGGGCGCUCUGUCAGGCUGCAGUACGUCACAGAGGUGGCACAACUCGGGAAAGGCUGGCAGCAGAGGAGGGGCGGCUCAGAGGGAGAUGCAGCGGGUGUGAAGCACAUGCCGAGGUUCUCAGGGCCUCACCGGGAGGCCUUUGCCCACCCCUCACCCCUUUAGCUUUGGGCAUGCCUGUCUGUACCCCGCUUUCACUGAAUUAAAGGACCCUCCCACUUGAAUUCCCUUCUUGUAGUUAGACUGAUUAAAAUGGAUAGGACAUCAAAAA